AGUUAGAACACAUUCCCUGCUGAAGACUUUACGCCAUUUACUUUUGCUGUUAUUUGAUUAUGAGUCAUUGUUUUUAAAAAAAAAAGGGAAACCAUUUCCUUUGGUGAUGUGUAAAACUUAUUUUAAACAAGUCAUUUAUUAAGAGUGAAGUUAUUAUUUUAUUUUAUUCCUGAACCUGCAUUACGAAGUUCUACAGUGGCUCAACUGAGCUGAUCUGGACUCUGGUGGGAAGUACUGAAGCUUCUAUUGAAUCUGGUAAAUAACAGAGUCCAGAGACAGACGCUAUUGCAAAAGACAGGAACAGAGUCUGACACUCAGUCUGCACUUAACAGUAAACAACCCAGCAACAGAAGUUCUGAAGCACUGCAAACGGUUUUGUGAAGCUUACUUUGUGAGAACUCUGCUUCCAAUUCAGUUCUAAUGGAAAACACAAUGAAUUCAACUUCAGAUAAUGAUUAUAAUUAUGACAAUUAUUAUCCAGACUAUUAUUCUGUAGCCAGCCCUGAUGAGGACGUAAAUCUUGGAUACUGCAGGGAAGCAGCAUGUAUAAUUACAGUGAUCUUUAAUGUGAUCAUAUUCCUUCUUGGCAUCAUUGGAAAUGGCGCGGUGAUCUGGAUUACUGGUUUUAAGAUGAAGAAGUCAGUGAACACCACCUGGUACCUGAGUCUGGCUCUGUCUGACUUCAUUUUCUGCGCUACUCUCCCUUUCACCAUUGACUACAUGUUGAAGGGGAGCUGGAUCUUUGGGCUCUUCAUGUGCAAGUUCAACUCUUUUGUUAUGACCCUCAAUAUGUACAGCAGCAUUUUCAUCCUGGUCAUCAUUAGUGUGGAUCGCUGCAUCACCGUCAAGUUUCCCGUCUGGGCCCAGAAUCAGCGCACCGUACAGAAAGCUUCUGUAGUUGUUUUGUUAGUUUGGUUAGUGUCUUCAUUGCUUAGCAUUCCACCUGCCAAAUUCAGAGAUAUUACAAAUCAUGGAUCAAAAGACAUAUGCUAUAGCAACUAUGAGCAUCACCACAAAAUUGUUGUAUUCAUGCGCUUUAUUUUGGGGUUUUUGAUUCCAUUCCUGACCAUCUUCACCUGUUACUCCAUCCUGAUCGGUAAACUUGGAGCAAAACAAAUGUCCAAAUUCACCAAACCCUUCAAGAUCAUGACGUUACUGAUCACAGCUUUUUUCAUCUGUUGGUUGCCAUUUCAAGUAGUUUCCAUUUUAGAGUUGAACCGAACCGAGCGCAGCUUUGCCUUUCACACAGCCCAACAAGUAUCCGGCAGUCUCGCCUGUGCAAACAGCUUUCUAAACCCGUUCAUCUAUGCAUUCAUGGCCAAGGACUUUAAGAAGAAAUGCUAUUCCUUUCUUUCCAAGAUUGAGAGCGCCUUUGAUGAGGAGAACUGAAGUACUUUCAGAGCAACUUCAAUCACCAAUUAUAUACUAUAAAACUACAACUAUAGAGGAUUCUGGCCCAUAGAAACGAUUUGGCAUUAACAAGAAGUGCAGUUGUUUUGUCAGUUGCAUGUUUGAGCUUGGAAAAUUUUAAUUAGCAGUUAAAAAAAUAAAUAAAGGUUCAAUAUAAGCUCCUUUACAAGUCAUAGGGCCCUAUCUUGCACCCAGCGCAAUUGACUUUGUACACCGACGCAUGUGUCAUUCCUAUUUUGCACCCGCGCAAAGCGCUCUUUUCCCUCCACAGAAGCACGUCGCUAAACUAGUGAAUGAACUUGCGCUCCCUGGGCGGUUCAGCGCAAAAAAGGAGGCGUGUUCCGGCGCAAACAAUCCCUGGGGCUAUUUUGCUGUUCCAUUAAACAAUUGCGCCACUGACCAGAAAAAAACUAGUCUAAAGUCAGUGGCGCGUUGCGCGUUGUUCAUUAUGCUAUUUUAAGGGCGCAUGCUUGACCAUAAUGUAUAGAUUGCACAACGCGCAUACACUUUGCUCAUGUAAUCUACACAGAUGCAACAGUUAUUUUUGCAAAUCAUAAACUGUUACACUAAAAAAAAUAUAUUAACACAUGAGAUGACGGAAAUCAUUGUGGUGUGCCACGAAGAUGUGAAAAAAUAGGCAUAAAUCUAGCUUACAAAUUAUUCAGGCUAAUUGUAGUAAUUAAGGAUCAGACCUGUUUGCCCAAUAGUGGCAAGACAUAUAGGCUAUGUAAGGACAUCUGACAAAUAUGUUUGUCCGUCAAGAACCAGGAAAAAAAAUCGAUGAAACAAUUGUGGCUAUUUCCUCCCACGCCUGUUUAACCGACGCUAUUUUGGGUGGGUUUCUCCCAUCCCCAUACAACACAACUUCUCUGUCUUUCACUGCUCUUACAAGAACAUCAGUCUCCUCGGCUGUGAACCGCUCCUGGCGUGCGCCUGGUAAAUACGCCAUAAUAAUAGCAAUCCAUAAUGGAACUUGCGCACCUGCUUUUAAAGGGAAUGUUGGAUGACGCUCUGAUUGGUUUAUUUCAUGUUACGCCCAAACCACACCUAUGAAUAAUGAAGCUACUUCAGACCAACCCAUUUUAGAUUUGCGCCGGGCGCAAGAGCCAUUUAUCCCGCCGGGAAAAUAGCAACAGCGCCGAGACCCGCCCACAAACUUACUUGCGUUUCGCGCUUUGACACUUGCGUUUCAGAUCGUUAAAAUAGGGCCCAUAGUGUUUGGUCUAUGAUAGCUAUAUUUACCGUUUUUAUCUUACCAUUUAAGUUUUUAUUUAACACAUGGGGUCUGGUGAAUGGGAGGUUAAAAUAAUUUGUGGGUUUUUAAUGUAUGUAUUAAACAUAAUUUGGGCAAGAUCGGCAAAUGUUUUCAUGCUCCACAUCUCUCUCUAUCUUUGUUUUGCUAACACAUGCAUAAAAAUAUAUAAUAAAAAUCUUGUUCUAUCCAUUCUGUUUCCUUAA